UUCUCAUAACUCAAAAAACAUGUUUUCUUUUUUAUGAAACUCUUUUUCUCUUCCUAAACCUUAAAGGGCUCUCUCUCUGUGUUGUUGUAUAACCUUGUUUGGAGAGAGAAAGAGUUUCAUGUUUGUGGUUUAGAGAGAGAGAGAGAAAAGAAGAUCAAAUUGGAGAGAUGCUGCAGAGAGCUGCAAGCAAUGCAUAUUCAUGGUGGUGGGCAAGCCACAUCAGGACAAAGCAAUCCAAAUGGCUCGACCAAAGCCUUCAAGACAUGGAAGAGAAGGUGCAGACUACGCUCAAGCUGAUUCAGGAGGAUGGAGACUCGUUUGCAAAGAGGGCAGAAAUGUACUACAAGAAAAGGCCAGAGCUUAUAAAUUUUGUUCAAGAAUCUUUCCGCGCUUACCGAGCCUUAGCUGAACGUUAUGACCAUAUAUCCAAGGAGUUGCAAAAUGCCAACAACACCAUUGCUUCUGUUUUCCCAGAACAAGUCCAGUAUGAAAUGGAAGAAGAAGAUGAUUAUGGUCCUCCUCCAGUUCCAAAGAAUGUUCCACAACCAGCCGCCUCCUCAUCCUCAUCAUCAUCAGCGAAUAAUAAUGUCCCCAAGAUUCCAAAGUGUCCAACCAGAGAUUUGAAGUGUCUCUUAACAUCAGCCUCCAAGAAACUGCAAGCGAAGAAGACAGCAGAAGCAACAAAAUCUAAUAAAAAUAAAACUGGUCCAAAAUCUGGUUUAAGCAAAUCUGAGGCAGUUGAAGAAAUUGACAAGGUUCAGAAAGAAAUUUUGGCCCUGCAAACUGUCAAGGAGUUUGUGAAGAGCUCUUACGAAAGUGGGCUUACCAAGUACUGGGAGAUUGACCACCAGAUCACAGAACUGCAAGAGAGAGUUUUCAGCUUGCAAGAUGAAUUCAGCGUGGGCAAGGUCAUUGAGGAUGACGAAGCUCGGACUUUAAUGGCAGAAGCAGCUUUGAAAUCAUGCGAAGAGACCUUGACUCAGUUGCAGGAGAAACAAGAGAGGUCGACCAAGGAAGCAAAAGCAGAGUUCAGAAGGGUUGAGAAUGUUCAUGAGAAACUCAACUCCCUCAAGCACAAGUUUCUUCCUGACCAACAAGCUGCUGAUGAAGAAAAAAAGCCAAAUGACAAAGAUGAUAAAUCUGCAAAUGCAGCUGCGAAAUCAAGAGAGAACCUACAAUGCUUAAACCCAGAAGCAGGCAGCAUGACGCAAGAGAGGCAAGAAUUGGAUGCAUUACGGGAGAAGAUUAAAGAGCACUUUGAGGUGGAUCCCAAACAAUCUCUCACUGUGACAGAACUGGCAGAGAAGAUUAAUGACCUUGUGAGUAAGGUGAUUAGCCUAGAAACUUCAGUUUCUUCUCAAACUGCCCUCAUAGAUGGAUUGAAGACAGAAACUGACGAUUUUCAAGCACAAAUCCAGACCUUGGAAGAUGAUAAGAUAACUCUGAUUGAUGAUACGAACACUUUGACCAACAAGUUGAGGGAGAUGGAGGAAAAGUUUAACAGACUUCAACAUCUAAACCAGAAUGUUGAAAGCCAAAACAACUAUCUCCAAACACAUUUCAUUGAAGCUCGUUGUAGUAUUGAUCACCUAUCUGAGAAACUACAGGGUGCGAAGCCUGAAGAAGAGCAUGAGCACAUGGAGUCGAUACAAGAAGAACAAGAAGAGUCAUCUGCUGAAGUAAAAACACAAGAAUUCAAAUUACAAGAAAACAUGCCAAGGCCUAAAGAUGGUUCCAUAAACUCUGGAGAAUUGAAAGCAGCAGUAGGAGAUGACAAAAAUCGACAGGUUGGAUACAUAGAUUCUGGAGAAUUGAUAGCUGCAGUGGGAGAUGACAAAAGUGGACAGGUUCUCUGCAUUGCUGGAGACGGUCCCAUAAACACCAAAGAAUUGAAAGCAGCAGUGGGAGAAGACAAAAAUGAACAGAAAGCUGCAGUGGGAGAUGGCAAAAGUGGACAGGUUCUCUGUAUUGCUGGAGAUGGUCCCAUAAACACCAAAGAAUUGAAAGCAGCAGUGGGAGAAGACAAAAAUGGACAGGUUCUCCGUAUGUCUGUAAACAAUCAAGGAGAAAAGGAAGAAGAAGAAGAAAAAGAAAAAGUUAAUCAGAUCAAACUAGAAUACCCACAAUCACUGGACAAGGUUGGUAAAAAUGGUGUGUCCCUAACAGCAGAUAAUGUUGUCAACACUGAACCACAAGAAGUGGCAAAUGAGAAAGAUGAUGAGCCAAACUGGCAAGAGAUGUUCAAGAAUGGCCUGGAGGAUAGAGAAAAGAUUCUAUUGACAGAAUAUACUGCAAUUUUGAGGAAUUACAAGGACGUUAAGAAGAAGCUCAGUGAUGUAGAGAACAAAAAUCGGGACAGCCUCUUUGAAACGACAGUGCAGCUAAGAGAUAUGAGGAGUGCAAUUGCCAAGAGGGACGAGGAGAUUCAUUCCUUACGACAGAAACUGAAACUUUUGCUAGAAAAUUUUGAUGAAAAGAAGGAUUUGAAAGAAAACAACCAGUCAAUCUCUAUUAUGUUGGAUGGUCGAAAUGCCAAAUCUGAAGCAACGGAGAACAUAGUAAAUGGAGCUCUAGAAGUUCCUCUGAUAAAGAAGGAAGAAGAAGAUGUCGAGUUGAUUUUGAUUUAUCAACAGCGAUCCAUCUCACUAAUUGAAGAAAAGCUCCGGACAAAUAUUGAUGCACUACUGGAUGAGAACCUAGAUUUUUGGUUAAGAUUCAGCACUUCAUUCCAUCAAAUACAGAAAUUUAAAACUGGGUUCCAAGAUUUACAAGCUGAAAUAUCAAAAAUCAAGGAAAAGGAAAAGUCGAGUCAAGAGGGUAGUGUUAAUGCUACAACAGAUACAAAAUCAGAUCUCCGGCCAAUAUACAAGCACCUGAGAGAGAUACAAACUGAACUGACACGCUGGAUAGAACAAAGCACAUCGUUGAAAGAUGAAUUGCAGCGCAGGUUCUCAUCCUUGUGCAACAUUCAAGAAGAAAUAACAAAUGCGUUGACAGAAGGUGCGGAAGAAGAAGAAAUGUUGUUCACUAGUCAUGAUGCUGCAAAGUUCCAAGGCGAGGUUGUGAACAUGAAACAAGAGAACAACAAGGUUAGAGAUGAACUGCAAACAGGUUUGGAUCAUGUAACCACACUCCAACAGGAAAUUGAGAAUACCCUUGCAAAGUUGGAUGAGGAAUUUGACAUCUCUGGAUCGAAAAACAAUGAUCAACCACAAUUGAGGCACUCAACGAGCCGGACUCGAGUUCCUCUACGGUCAUUCAUCUUUGGAACUAAACCAAAGAAAAAGACAUCAAUAUUCGCCUGUAUGCAUCAUAGAAAGUACCAUGAUCUAAGAGCUGGGCUUUCACUGUAGAGUAUAAAAUUUAAUUUGUUUUUCUCCAUUUUCCUCUUUCUUAGGGAUGAUCUUUGGGUGGAUAGAAAGGUUUUCUUCUUUGUUUUUGAACUGGGAGAUGUACGUAUGAUUGUGUACACUGCAUACAUUGUUCAAAGUUUGAAGUAUCAAAUCAACAAAGAUUUUUCAGCCCUUCGAGAUUGCAUUCUUUUUGUUUCA